ACCAUCUUCGAGGCAUCGACAAUGUAAGUAAUCUUUCUCUUUGGUUCCGUUAUCAGUCGAGUGCGUAGUUGGGCUAGGGAAACCUCCAGAUUCUAUCGUUUUGCUGAUACCUUCCCUCUCUGUUUCUCUCUUUGCAGUACAUCAUUAGCAAGACAAGAUGACUGUAAAGCGACGCGCCCACGGACGCAAUAAGAAGGGACGAGGACACGUCAAGCGUGUCCGUUGUGUCUCCACUGGAAAGGCCAUCCCCAAGGAUAAGGCCAUCAAGAGGUUCAUCGUGCGCAACAUCGUCGAUGCUUCCUCUUUGAGAGAUAUCAAGGAAGCCUCGGCCUACCAGGAGUACCAACUCCCCAAGCUGUACUUGAAAAUGUACUACUGUGUUGAAGCUGCUGUGCAUCAGCGUAUUGUUCGGGGUCGAUCGCGUGAGGCACGUCGUAUCCGUACUCCCCCACCAAGGUUCCAACGAAAGUAAACAAAGGAAUACAACAAAGAGCAGCAGGAUAACAUUUCAAGAAUUACCUCCACUAUUAUUUUAACUUACUCCAAUAAACUCUAGGAUAUGAAUUGAAGUGAAACUCAAUCUGUUUUUGCAAGUGAAAUGCCACGCUAGCUAGAUUCGAAUUAAGUUUCCUAAAAUGCUCUGGG